CACUCGCAGAGGCUUUUUUUUUGAUCCCCCUUGGUUUUACGUGGCCGCCUUUAUUCCCAUGUCGGUUUGGCAGCCGCACAGUGUAGAGCCGUGUCGCAGAAGUUAAGAAUUACUUCAUUGAUUUCCUUCUCCUUUGCAGCUACUAACGUGAUCCGAUAAGUCGCAGUUGUUUGUUUGUGGUUCGUUUGCAUGCAGAUUUAGGGGACCUUGUGAAACUUCUCCUGCUUCAUCUCAGUGUCCUGAAACAAAUCCCUAACGAGCUGUAGCCAAGGCAGCCAGGAGUCUCAGCUGGCUUGGACUUGUCUGUCAGCAGAAUGGUUUAUUAUGUUCCAUUAUUGGGGAUUCCUUGUUGCUGGUGAUGGGUGAGCCUGAAAAAACACAGCUUGACUUGCACAUCACAGGCUCCUCUUUAGCCCACUGCUCUGAAGACAAGAGGUUCUGGGUGAUCAGGAGUCUCUAUUAGCACUUCAAGUUGGCUGGAGAAUGGAAGGUGUUGAGUUUAAGGAGGAAUGGCAAGAUGAAGAUUUCCCAAGGCCCCUGCCAGAGGAUGAUCCUGUUGAGUCAGACAUAUUGGCUGCAGCUGGAACAGAGAGUGAAGCUGAGGCUAAUGGAACCAAAGUGAAGAAGAAACUAAUGGCUCCAGAUAUCAGCUUAACUUUGGAUCACAGUGAGGAAUCUAUUAUGUCUGACGACUUGGAUGAGAGUGGAGAGAUUGACUUGGAUGAUUUAGAUACUCCUUCAGAGAACAGCAACGAGUUUGAAUGGGAAGAUGAUCUUCCAAAACCAAAAACUACUGAUGUAAUUAGGAAAGGAUCACUUACUGAGUACGCUGCAGCAGAGGAGAAGGAUGAUGGUCGGCGUUGGCGAAUGUUUAGGAUUGGAGAACAGGACCAUAGGGUGGAUAUGAAGGCAAUUGAACCAUAUAAAAAAGUUAUCAGUCAUGGUGGUUAUUAUGGUGAUGGGUUAAAUGCAAUUGUUGUGUUUGCUGUUUGCUUUAUGCCUGAAAGCAGCCAGCCUAACUACAGAUACCUAAUGGACAAUCUAUUUAAGUAUGUAAUUGGCACUUUAGAGCUGUUAGUAGCAGAGAACUAUAUGAUAGUUUACCUGAAUGGUGCAACCACACGGAGAAAAAUGCCAAGUUUAGGCUGGCUUAGGAAAUGUUACCAGCAGAUAGAUAGAAGGUUAAGGAAAAAUCUGAAGUCAUUAAUCAUUGUUCAUCCUUCUUGGUUCAUCAGGACACUUCUGGCCAUCACAAAACCUUUUAUUAGCUCAAAAUUCAGCCAAAAAAUUAGGUAUGUCUUUACCCUGGCAGAACUAGCUGAGCUCAUCCCCAUGGAAUACGUUGGCAUCCCUGAAUGCAUAAAACAGUAUGAAGAAGAAAAGUUUAGAAAGAAACAGAAAAGAGUUGACCAAGAGCUGAAUGGAAAACAAGAGCAGAAAAGUGAACAGUAAGUUUGCAGUCCAAACAAGACUGAAGAAUAUGCAGAUGGAACGAUGCUGAUUUUGCUCCAUUUACAAUGCAUUCUCUGUGUGUGUAUAUUUUAUAUAGCCAGUUGCAAAAGGUGCUUAAUUUCUUUGGACUAGCACUCAGUGGACUGCUUACUGCUGUAUUGGUUUGUCUUGACUUUAAUAGCUAUGUUUAUGUAAUCAUUUUAUACUGCUAAAUGUCAAAGAACCCUAUGUUGCCAGAGAAUGUUCUUGCAAUUGUUUAUCUAAAUGAUGCAUGUUCUUCAGUAAAAUAUUUAUAUACCUAAAUGUUAAAGGAAAGAGAUAAUAUAUAUUUUUAUGACUGAGCAAUAUAUUGUGUGUGCCUGCUGAAUGUAGGAAUUCAUUUGCAGGUAGACAAGGCCAUAAGUUACAGGUUAUUGUAUAAAUCUGUUUUGCUGUAAAUGGUCAAGUGCAUUUCUUUGUUGUCACAGAAACCUUAAUUUGUUUGAAUAUUAACAAUCACACAAUGUAGCCUUUCAGAAGUGUGGAGAUCCUUAUUUGUGUUCACAUACCUAAUACAAGCAGUACUCAUUUACCUUACUGGGUUGACCUUGAGCUUUGGUGUCAUUUAGUCCAUUGUUCAGAAUGCAGGACUGCAGUUCUGUAAAAUCCAGGCUGUUGGCCCAAGGAUGGAAGCCUAAGCCACAACAGAAGGUGAACUAUUUGAGUGACUAGUAGGAUAUCAGACCUUUCUUAUUUUAAGUUUUGGAUUUACUUUCUGCUUCUGUAAAUCAUGGUGAUCUCAGCCACCAGUAGGAAAUCAGUUCAUUGCAGUUCUUCCUGGAUGAAUAUCAGUUGUCACCAGUAGGAGCUCUGGUCAUACUCAGUAAAGCUUGGGAGUUACAUAGAUAAUUUACCCAAAAUAUCAAUUGUUUGCAGAGGUAUGGGGAGUCUUAUGCUACCUUUGUCAUUCUAGAUGAAAUGUCCAUUUCUAAAGCCUUUAGUUUGGCACAUGAUACCAGCACUAAUUUAAUUUAACAAAAAAAGUGACUUAAAGAUUUGUUGUUUUUUUUUUUUUCCCUCAGCUGUAGUAAACUUGUGUCUGUAAGACGUGUUCUUGGUCACAAAACUAGUGUUCAUAUGUUUGAGGGCAACAGUAAUGCACUGGUUGAUAUGCUGUAGAAGUCUGUAACAUCUUUUGAUAGAUGAUCUUUGCUAUUUCCCUGUAAGGACAGGUUUGUGCAAAUAAGUUCAGGAAUUGAGCACUAUAGUAUUGUAGCAGAUAUUGAGUCUUCACUCCUGGUUUCUGCUGUGCUCAGUUUUGUCUCAAUGCCAAAAAUAUCACUUCUCAAUUAUAUAAAAAGUUAGUGUUAUACAGUUCUCUUAUUUAAAAAAGAAUAAAGGGUUGUGUUCAACCAACUCACUAGCUGACAGUGAUAAAUAGCAGUUGAGUUACAUGGUCAAGACUUAAUACCAGUUCACCUGCUGUUUCUAAUGACAUGAAUAGGCUCUGAGAGCAUAUUCAUGCAAAUUGCCCUUGUUUCUGGGAGUUUUAAGUCUGCAAUUCAGGGACUUUCAUCUCAAGGUCUAGGUAUUUUUGUUCUAGUAGCUUCAGUAUCACAGGUUCAAAGAGAAUCCACAGGAUGUUCUCUGUUCAACAGGCAGUGCUGAUUUCAAGUUGCCUUGCACCCAUUUAAUCAGAUUUAGAUCUUGCUUGGAAGGCAGAACACAAAUGUGUACAGUUCCUUUGGGGCUGUCUUAUCUGCUGCUUCAAUUUUGGUGUUGAUCCAGAUGAAUGUAGAGUUCAGUCAGCAAACUGGACACUUCCAGCCUGUCUCCUUGUGAUACUUUGACAGUGCAGUGUGUAUGAACAUGCAAACCUGUAAACCUUCCUGGUAUUUAGUGAUUCUGUGUGGGUCCUAAGCUAGAUACUAAGCAUUCUGAUAAUCUCAUUUCAAAUUUUUCCUAAUUAAAAAAAAUUCUCAGUAAAAUCAUAUUCUUAGCAGAAGGAUUAUAGUUCUUUAUGUCCUGUUGUUUCCUAUGUGUAUAGUGCAGUGUGGAGCAGCCAGUCUGUAUAGACUGUGUGACCACAUGAUGGGAUUGUUACUGUUGUCAUUCCUGGUGGCUGAGUAAUUCUACAGUUUGAUGCUGCAGUAGUACUGUUCUCUGGGAAAUGUUUAUGUGCUUACCUAAUGGUUUAUCUUUCUAGUAUAAGUUCUUGUGAAUUAAUUGCAGCACAACGGUUCUUCUGUCCCUGAAGACAGGCAGCUUGAGAGGCAGGUGUACUGAAGAAUUACUCCCCUCUGACCUUUUGCAGCUCAUCCUUUAAUGGUGAGGUGGAUGUUUACAUAAAGAGAAAAGGUCCCAAAGUUAUCCAGAACACAAACGGGUAACUUUUUGUCAAACCUAACUUUUAAAAAAUCUAUAAAAUAACUUAAUAUAUUUUAUUAUUUAAGGAUGUGGAAAUUUGAAAUGUCAUCCUUUUAUUAAAGCUAUUUCAAAACCUGUAUCACUUUGUAGUAAGAUACAGUGUUGUAGGGAAUUCACCUUUCAAUUGCACUUCUUUCUAAAAGUAAAACUUAGGUUGCUAGAAUACAGCUUGAGCCUUGUAAAGAAAAGAUAAUGCCGUGACUCACUAAUUUAUCUUUAAUUUGGAGGACUCAUUAGUUUAUUUAUAUAUGUGUUAUAAGUUGUUAAUUAUCUUUUGUUAUUACUGUGUGCAACUGAAAUAGAGACGUUUGGGCCAGUGGCCUCUCUGUGUGUGGAUGUGAUGUUUUAUAAAUUGUUUUCUACAACAGGGUAAGUGUUCAGAAGUGGAAAAGGUAUUUUGGAGAAAGUGUCAUUAAAAACUGAUGUGAGUAGACUCGAGAUUGCUUGAAUAGUCCUGACAUUCUUUGUAGUUUGCAAAAGUCACGUUCUGUUGGAAAGUAAUGGAGAGGAAUGUAAAAAGGAUUUAGUGCCGAAGCAGCUGAAGUAUUUUGAGGUUCUGAGAAGUUAAAAUGGAGAAUUUUUUGUUCCCAAAAGCUUAGAACUGCGUAGAAUAGUAUGUAACCUUGUUUAUAACAAUGCAUAUUUCCCCCCCUUUAUUUUCAGUGAACAAGUAAGGAGUAGUACUUCUUGCUGUGAGAAACUUUGUGCUGAGAAACAGUAGUUCUGCUCUCAGUUGCACACAAUUAGUAUAUAGCCUGUAUUUGUUAACAUGUUUCAGCAAGUUUGCAUCACACAGUUAAAUGCUCUAAUGGCAGCUUAAAACCUUUCAACAGUCAGUUUGUAUCAGACUUCAAGGUUAGAUUACAUGUUGGUAGUAAUGGAAUAUUUUAUCAAAUUACCUUCAAGUGUGUUACAGGGAGGAGAGGGUGGCAGUGGUGCCUGGUCAUACCUCAGCUUCACUGAUGUCAUCUACUGAAAUGUCUGUACUUCACAGCAAGUAGUGGAACUGCAUUGUGAACAGGCACUUUCUCAACUAACCCCACUGGAGAGAAAAAUGUUUAUUGGUGAAAAGUGUUUCUUCCAGUGUUGAAUUUUUGUCUGAGUAUCCUGUGGGUUUACACAGUAUUUAUUCUGUGAAGGAUGGCUUGAAUGCAUCUCUUAGCAAAAGCUUUUGUCUUUGGAGGUGACUUUGAUUCCUCAGGUCAUUCCAGUCUCAGAAAAAAUCUCAUACGAGGAACAGAGGGCAGAGGGAUUACUUUGUAACCACAGAGGUCUUAAAAAGCUUUCAGUGAAAAUUCUUACUCAGUCCUUGUGGGUGCAGGUCAUUCUCUAGAGGAUUUGUUUCACUGACUGGUUUCAGCGAUAUUUGAAAUAAAUGCUUUAAUUAUACUGUUUAAGGAUACCUGGUUUUAGUCAGAGUAGCACUCUGAAAUGUAAGGAAUAUUUCAAUAUUAAUAUUCUGAAAGACACAUUUCUCAGCUUUCCUAACUUCAGAGUUGUAAGUUGAACUAAAUUGUUUCCAUUAUUACAUCCUGUUCUCUGUGUUGAGCUAAUGGGAAAAAGGGCAUUUGUGAAGUUUUUUCAUCAUUCCCUUUUAAGCAUAACUGAAAUCAGUGAAAUUAAAGCUAUUCUUUGCUCAACUAGAUAUUUUUUCAGUUUUGCAAAUUGGAUUGCCCAGAUUACUUGGAUUUAAACUUAGUGAUUUUUUUUUUUUCAAUAUUGAAAAAAAUCUGAGGAGAAGCUACUGGAGUGUUUUCAGAAAGUCAAGUCCUUAUCUUACCAUUCUUUUUACUCUAGCUUGCUUAGCUGCUAGUUAAUAUUUAUUACAUUAAAUUCCAGGUUAGUAAUUACAAAAAAUAUUUAUGGCAGACAGAUGCUUAUUUUCCCAGUGGCUCUGCAGUUCAGCAGUGUUUCUUAGUGAUGUGAACAAAACCUUUUUAUUUAAAAGAAAAUCCCGGGUAGUAGGGUGCUCUGUGGGUAGAUAGAAUUAAGACCUUGUCUAUCAGUAAACUUUAAUAUUUGUGAUACAGGAAAUGUGCAGUGUUCAACAAAAUGAAGCUGCAAUAGUCAUGGCAAAACCAGGUUGUGAAUCAUAGGGGAUGUAACUGGCUUAAAUGGCCUAUUAGUAUUCUUCACAAAUGUGACUGUUUUCCUUUGCCCAUUUAAUAUAAAAUUACUCUUCCUCUACCUCGUGAUACUUCUUAAUACUUCUGUUUUCUGUGUUCCAAGGUGUCAUGGAGUAAUGUGGGACACACAUUUCUGAAUGUGCUAGCUGUUACUAUUUAAGGGAAACUUUUCCAUUAGAAAAAAAUAAAUAAAUGCUAUAUGCAAUAAAUACCUUUGGAAAAGGCC